AUGUCAGGGAAAAAGAAGAGGAAGUUGAAAUUGUUAAGUGAUACUAUCGCUAAUAGCAAAAGGGGAGCAACAGAGGUGAAAAAUGAUAAUUUGGAGUUGCAAUCAUGGUCUGAUCUCCCUGCAGAACUCUUAGAAAUAAUCAUGUGUAGUUUAGCCCUAGACGAUAAUGUUCGUGCGUCUGUGGUUUGUAAGAGUUGGAAUUCUGUUGCCAAUUCUGUACGUGUGGUUAACCAAUCGCCGUGGUUAAUGUAUUUUCCGAAAUUUGGUCAGUGGUAUGAGUUCUAUGACCCUGUGCAGCGGAAGACUUAUUCCCUGGAGUUUUCAGAGCUGAAUGGAUCUAGAGUUUGUUAUACAAAAGAUGGUUGGUUACUGCUAUACCGGCCAAGAACUGACCGAGUGUUUUUCUUUAAUCCCUUUACUCGGGAGAUCAUCAAAAUGCCAAGAUUUGAGAUGACAUACCAGAUAGUUGCUUUCUCCUGUGCUCCAACAUCACCUGACUGCGUGCUGUUCACUGUUAAGCAUGUAAGUCCUACUGUUGUGGCCAUCAGCACAUGUCACCCCGGGGCAACUGAGUGGACAACUGUUAAUUACCAAAACCGCCUGCCCUUUGUCAGUAGCAUAUGGAAUAAGCUUGUGUUUUGUAAUGGACUUUUUUAUUGCCUGAGUCUAACAGGUUGGUUAGGGGUAUUUGAUCCAUCUGAACGGACUUGGAGUGUUCUAUCAGUACCUCCGCCCAAAUGCCCAGAGAAUUUUUUCGCCAAAAAUUGGUGGAAGGGGAAAUUUAUGACCGAGCAAGAAGGAGAUGUUAUAGUAAUUUAUACUUGUUCUAGUGAAAACCCUAUUAUUUUCAAGUUAGAUCAGGCAUUAAUGGAAUGGGAAGAGCUAAAAACACUAGAUGGAGCAACUCUUUUUGCUAGUUUCUUGUCUUCUCAUUCAAGGACUGACCUCUCUGGAAUAAUGAGGAACAGUAUCUACUUUUCUAAAGUUCGUUUUUAUGGAAAGCGUUGUGUAUCGUUCUCUCUUGACGACUAUCGAUACUAUCCUCGUAAGCAGUGGCAUGACUGGGGCGAACAAGACCCUUUUGAAAGCAUAUGGAUUGAACCACCAAAGGACUUCUCCGGAUUCACAUGA